UCAGACACCAUCUCUGUGUCUUUUUUCUCUCUCUCAAGAACGAGUUUUUCGAUCACCAUGGCCGUGGAGAAGAAGCGCCCAUUGCAGAACAGCAACGCCGCCAAUGUCGACUCCGAUCCGGGGGGGCCAAAGAAAACAAUCGAAGAAAUGUACCAGAAGAAGACUCAGCUAGAGCACAUCCUCCUCAGACCCGAUACCUAUGUCGGAUCAAUCGAAAAGCACACCCAGAAUCUCUGGAUUUACGAGAACGACAAGAUGGUCCACCGAUCCGUCACAUAUGUGCCUGGUCUUUACAAGAUCUUUGAUGAAAUUUUGGUCAAUGCUGCAGAUAAUAAGCAGAGAGACCCCUCGAUGGACUCGCUCAAGGUUGUAAUUGACGCUGAGCAGAAUUUUAUCAGUGUGUUCAACAAUGGAGAUGGAGUUCCGGUUGAAGUUCAUCAGGAAGAAAAGGUUUAUGUGCCUGAGUUGAUCUUCGGACAUCUGUUGACUAGUAGUAACUAUGAUGAUACUGAGAAGAAAACCACUGGUGGACGCAACGGCUACGGUGCGAAACUUACGAAUAUUUUUUCUACUGAAUUUGUGAUCGAGACGGCAGAUGGAAGACGUCUGAAGAAGUAUAAGCAGGUAUUCUCUGAUAACAUGGGGAAAAAAUCUGAGCCGAUCAUAACAAAGUGCAAGGAGGGUGAUAAUUGGACCAAGGUGACUUUUAAGCCAGACUUGGCUAAGUUCAACAUGACUCAUCUUGAAGAUGACGUUGUUGCACUGAUGAAAAAGAGAGUGCUGGAUUUGGCCGGAUGCCUCGGUAAAACCGUGAAAGUUGAGCUAAAUGGACAAAGGGUCCCUGUUAAAUCGUUUCAAGAUUAUGUAGACUUCUAUCUCAAAUCGGCAGCCGCAUUCCAGACGGAACCUCCAAAAAGGUAUCACAUUCGGCCUAAUGAGAGAUGGGAAAUCGUGGUGACCUUAAGUGAGGGCCAGUUCCAGCAGGUCAGCUUUGUGAACGGGAUUGCAACUAUCAAGGGUGGGACUCAUGUCGAUUACAUUACUAAUCAAAUAGCAAAUUAUGUUAUGACUGUUGUAAAUAAGAAGAACAAAAAUGCUAACGUGAAGGCCCACAACGUGAAGAGCUAUUUGUGGGUUUUUAUCAACGCUCUCAUUGAUAAUCCUGCCUUCGACUCCCAAACCAAGGAAACCUUGACAAUUCGUCAAAGCAGUUUCGGCUCUGCAUGCGAACUUACGCCAGACUUUUUGAAGAACGUGGCCACGAAAUCUGGCAUUAUGGAUAGCGUUCUCUCGUGGGUUAAUUUCAAGCAAAGCAAAGACCUGAAGAAAACGGAUGGAGCAAAAACAGAAAAGAUUAGUGGUAUAGAAAAGUUGGAGGAUGCCAAUUGCGCUGGAGGGAAGAAUUCGGAAAAAUGUACCUUAAUUUUGACAGAAGGAGAUUCAGCCAAGGCCCUUGCAAUGGCUGGUCUCGGUGUAGUAGGUCGAGAUUUUUAUGGCGUAUUCCCACUGAGAGGUAAAUUGCUCAAUGUGAGGGAAGCAAGCAGUAAACAGAUCACUGAGAAUAAAGAAAUCCAAUACAUCAAGCAAAUUCUUGGACUUCAGCAAGGGAAGGAAUACAACAAUGCUAAGGCUUUGAGAUAUGGUCAUUUGAUGAUUAUGACCGAUCAGGAUCACGAUGGUUCGCACAUUAAAGGGCUCUUGAUCAACUUUAUUCAUUCUUUCUGGCCUUCCCUCUUAAGAGUGCCGUCGUUUUUGGUUGAAUUCAUAACGCCUAUUGUCAAGGCUACUCAUAGGAAUGGAACUGUUUUAUCAUUCUAUACCAUGCCCGAGUACGAGGCUUGGAAAGAUAACUUAAGGGGCAAUGCAAGUGGCUGGUCAAUCAAGUACUAUAAGGUCGGUCUUUAA